AUGCAGGUUGAUCUUGCCACUCCUAAUUUCGUUAUCCAGGAGAUGAGCCUCGGAAUCCAUUACAACACCGAAGCUGGUGAUUAUGAUAUCACUAGUUAUGUCAAGGAUGCUAGUGUCUUCGAUGUCAAGGAUGGUUAUGUUGAUGCUUUGACGGCCCCGGGACUGGGUAUCGAGGUUGAUGAGGAAACUGUCCGGCGCGUGGCGCAGAGCACUGAGCCCUGGCAGCCCAAGGAGUUCUUUGGCCCCGAUGGUGGUAUACGGGAGUGCGGUAUGGUUUACGUCCGGUAUAUGACAAAGUUAUAA